UUUUGGGUUUAACGCCGUUUUUCAACAGUAUUUCAGUCAUGUAACGGCGGGCAGUUAACCUAACCAGUGUUCCUGGAUUCUGUACCAGUACAAACCUGUUCUCCGCAUGUUCAUAAUAUGACCAAACUUCAAUUUCAAAGCAAAAUCUGGAGGACAGCACCUUUUAACCAAGUCUAGUAUGCUGGAAUAUAAUGCAUAAAUUGGUAAAUUCCUUAAAAUGGUGUAUCAAUUGGUGUAUCACCAUCUUUAGAACGUUUCUGGUAAAUAUCUUUGUACUCAAGAAUAACCCCAUUUUGGCAUUUGAAAUGAUUACUUUAAAGGUGUAGAUGCCAGACUGCACCUGUAAAAUGUUCACCUGUAAUUAAACUUAAAAGAUGGAUGCUGCAUUGAACAUCAAAUACCAACUAGUACAUAUCAUGCAUGUCAUGCUCUAUUUGGGUUAUACACUGGACAAGAAUGUGUCCUGUGACAAUUUAAAGGUUACACAUAAUUUUCAAGUCAAUGACAGUAGUGCUGAGGUUUCUCCAUAAAUAAUGAAUCAGUAGCUGGGGAUAAAAUGUCACUUCCCUUCAGUGAAUCGAUAAUUCAGGAUUGUGGCCACUGUUUACAAUCAAAAGAGAUGUUUUCUGCUUUUACACAUCCAAUUAUUCUGUGCUGUUAAGAUUUUUAUCAUUUCUCUACAUACCUGUGUAGUACUUUACAGCUGAAGGAUUAUAGUACAGUGUAUUGUAUGCAAAGGGUUCGUGUAAACAAACAUAAAACAGUGUUAAAAUGAACUCCUAUUGCAAAUAUCAAAUCUUAGUAUAAUUCAAAAUAAAACUGAAUGUUUGUGUAAGGACUACAGUACUGUUGUAUUUAGUAUAACUUGGAAUUGUCACUGAAGAAUAUAUGUGGAAUAUAUUUAAAGUCAUCAUCAGAAAAGCUUGCAACAAUGCUUCAAAGAAAGCUAUUUAAAGCUUUUGGCAGUGAAGAUGGUGAAAAGAAAUCUGGCAUAUUUAGAAUCUGGGAGGAAGAAAAUAAGAAGUGGAAGGAACAUUACAAUGCUCACGUAAAAUCUGGUCGUCCAGAAAGAAACGCUAAGUUCUUCAUGCGAGCUCUCAUGGUGUUCCAAGCCCCUACUCAGAUUUAUGCGUUCAUGUAUUACAUCAUACCUUAUGUGUUUGACGGCUACAGCCCAUGGACAAUAUACUACAUGAAAGUUUUUGCUUGGUUUGUGUUGCUGAAUGGACUAGCUAAUUGGUUAUGUGUAAUUCUGUACGACCCACAUUAUGCAAAAACUAAAGACAACCCUUUUCUGCAACUGGAUAAACAAUAUGAAACUCUGCCUGAUCAGUUUAUAGCACCAAUCCAACAGGCAACCAGUAAUCAGAACGAAUUAAACGGACACUGUGUGUAUGAUAUGACAUCAAAGGAGGCUCUACCUUGGAACUUUUGUAAGGAAUGUGCAAUGCAUGUGCCGCCUCGUACUCAUCACUGUUCUUUCUGUAAAAAGUGUAUACUCAAAAGAGACCAUCAUUGCUUUAUGGUGGGAAAUUGUAUUGGAUUCAAAAAUCAACGAUAUUUUAUAGUUUUAGCAUUUUAUGCUAUGAUUACAGGUGUUGUAGGUGGCUAUUUUACUUUUAAAUACGUGCGGGAAGUUGUCUGGCCUGACCUAGAUUCAUGGUCGGAUGUAUUUUUCCCGAUUACUAUUUUCCGUUGUCUGAUAGGUUACAUCAAGGGUAUCAACUGUCUUCUAAUCGUGCACAUUUACUUAGAAUUCCUAUUUGGAGUAAUUGGAUUUGUUUAUUUCACAUCACAGAUGACAAUCAGUGCAAAUGGGAAGACAUUGUUCGAAGUUGCAAAGAAGGUGCCAAUAAGAAACAUGAACACCAUGAACCGGAACUUUAAGUCAGUAUUUGGGGAUUUUUGGGCAUUAAAUUUCUUGUUUCCCAUGACUCUGAUUUUUCGUCAAAGAGAUGAUGGGAUACAUUGGGAUGGUGUGAAAAUUGACCAUAAUGCUAAUGAAAAAUGGAAAGAUGACGGGGAAGUCUUAUGAAGCAAACUUUCACUGAAUUUCUUAGUUUAGAUCUGACACAUAGCACGUUUCACUAUUUUGACAAUGUUCUAUAAGACUGUAAAAUCUAUGGUAUAUGAAAAGUUUAAAGUUUGAUAGAAGAACAUAGAACUUUUAUCACAUCGUGUUCAAGCUUUGUUGGUGUUGAUCUUUUUAUUAUCAAGAGCAGAAAGACUUAAUUAACUCACUCACAGGGUAAAAAUGAACUAUUCAUAAACUGUGUUCAAAUUUAUAUUAUGUAACAGUGACCUUUGGCAUAAACAUAAUGACAUACAAUUUUCUGGCCAAGUAUCUUUGUAGGUUCCAGAAAGUAAAAUGUUGUAAAUACAUCUUCGUAACUGUAAGCAAAUUCAACAUUUCACUUCAAUGUCUUUUUUACAAAUACAACCAUUUUUUGUAUUAAAUACACAUUUUCAUUUGUUUUUUCAACGUCAAAUAAGCAUUUUAUUUCAAACAGAGUAAACCAAGAUACAAUGUAUUAAUUUUUUACCCUACACGAACAUUAAGAUUUAAAGUAUCUUAAACCCUUUUGUAUAAAAUGUGGCUGCGACAUAUUCUGUAAUGUAGAAAAAAGUACCCGGUAAGGCUAUUGUGCAUGAUAUAUUAAUUACAACUUUUCUACUCUAAAUAAAAUCAACUUUAACAACAUCAAUCAAAUAAUAAAUUGAAGCUUGUACUAAAAUUAACUUUUUUUUUUACAUACAAGCAAAAAGAAAAUAUAACUUAAAUAACUACAUGUGUUUCUUUGAGAUUUGUUUAAAUGUAUAUUAAAAGGCACUGAUAUAUGCAUCAACAUCUUCUGUAUUUUAUGUAAUUACUUCACAAGUAAUUAAGUGCCGAAGAAUUCUAGUGCCAUUUGUUUCAGUGAUAUAUCAUCUAUUUUUUCUACCACUGAUUUACAGUUUUGUAUCAGUAUUUAUUCUGAGACUCAUUUAUUUAAUAUUUCUUGUAAAUUAAAAUCUACUUUACUAGUA